UGGGGUGGAUAUCCUUCAUAAUUCCUUUAGUGAAGAGCCGCUUCAGUACCUGACAGUCAAGACAGCUGAAGACAGGGCAAGGGCAUUCGUCUUCAGCUGGGAUUCAAUACAAGUGCAUUUCUUUGGCAGGUUCUCUGGCACCAUGAAGACCUGGCUGAUUUUCAUAUAUCUGGCCCCUACUGUGAUAAGUGUACAAUCGGUGACUUUAGAUGGCAAUGAAAAUAAUGCAAACGAGACAUUGCAUCCAGAAGAAGGACUAGUAGAAGCAAUUCCAGGCAAUGAGGAAACUGCUGACUUGAAAGAUGAAUCUAACACAACAAGAAGGGAAGAAGAAAGUGAAAGCUUCGCUAUUGCAUGUCAACAGGCAAGACUUCCUGAAAACCUCUUGCUGGAAUGUCCAAAUGCCACAAAGCCAUCCCCUGAUGGUGCAACUACAGCAAAGCCUACCACAGUUCCUACAACAAUAGAGACAACUGACAGUAGCUCACUCCAACGAUGCCAGCCACUCAGCAAUCCAUGGGUUUCAUGUAACAAAUCCACAGUGGAGGAUGAAAUAAAGUUGGCAGAAGCUCUAAGUGAAUUUGCAAUCAGUUUCUAUUUGGCAGCAAUUCAGUUUGAGAAGAGUGACUCUAACCUGGUUUUUUCACCCUUCAGCAUCUCCAUGAUACUUUCCAACCUCUUGCUAGGAGCCCGUGGACAAACCAAAGAAGAUCUUGAGAAUGUGCUCUCCUACCCUAAAGAAUUCACUUGUAUCCAUGAUGCAAUGGGUGCAUUCCGCAAAUCAGAAGCCUUGACAGCAGCCUCUGCAAUUUUUGCCCAACCAGCCCUCACCUGGAACAAUGAUUUCUACCAGCUGUCACAAAAAUUCUAUCGCAGCUUGCUACGGAGUCUCUCUAAUGACAGUGUCUAUGAUGUAAAUGAAAUAAACAACUGGGUGAGCAGAAAUACUGACAACAAAAUCAAAAAGCUCUUGGAUCACCUGGAUUCAGAUGUCCAAAUGGUGCUUGUCAAUGCUGUCUACUUCCAAUCCAAGUGGAAGACCACAUUUAAGAGUAAAAACACAAUAAAGGAAAACUUCUACCGUCCAGGCGCCCCUCCAACCAACGUGUUCAUGAUGACCAGUAAGAAAUAUCCAUUGGCCUCCUUCACUGACCACAUUUUGCAGGCUAAGGUUGGCUGUCUGCAGCUGUCCCACAACAUGAGUCUGGUUAUUAUCAUGCCUCGAUUCCUGUCGCAGAAUCUUUCUGAUGUGGAGAAGCAUCUCAGUGGGGAUGUCUUCAAGUCAAUAAUGGCCAAGCUGGAUCACAUUCCUUUCAAAUCCACUGUAGUGACUGUUCCCAAAUUCAAGGUGGAUUCCUCCCUGGAUCUCAUGUCCAUAGUGGGAGAGAUGGCUUAUGGCAUUUUCUUCGAUGUUAACCUGUGUGGGAUUUCUGAGAACGAAGAGCUGGCAUUGUCCAGUGCCCGGCAUAGAGCUGUGAUGGAAAUCAAUGAGGAAGGAGUGGAGGCCGCUGCCGCCACAGCUAUCUCCCUGGCACGUACAGCCAAUUUCUUUGAAGUGCAGCAGCCCUUCAUCUUUGCGGUAGUGAAUGAGAAGAGGUUCCCCGUCUUCAUGGGGCGCAUCAACAAUCCACAGGUGUGAUAACUUCCUCCUUGCUCCUGUCACCUCCUGUCU